AUGUGCAUUGACUAUAGGGGCCUGAACAAGAUCACUAGGAAGAGCUCUGAGCCCUUGCCUAGGAUCGAUGRCUUGCUGGACAUGGUGCAAGGCUGCAAAGUCUUCAGCAAAAUUGAUCUGAAAUCCGGGUAUCAUCAGAUCGAAAUGGUUGAAGAGGAUGUCUACAAGACAACCUUUAAAACCCGGUAUGACACCUAUGAGUUCCUGGUCAUGCCUUUUGGUCUAUGCAAUGCACCAGGAACAUUCCAGACUGAAAUGAAUCGCAUUUUCAGACCUUUCCUUGACCGCUUUGUUGUGGUGUACCUGGAUGACAUUCUGGUAUACAGUAAAGAUGCCAAGGAGCAUGCAGACCACCUCAGGAAAGUUUUGCAGAUGCAAGUCAGUAUGGUGUUGGUGCAGUCCUUCAGCAAGAUGAUGGGACCGGCCUGAAACCGGUGGAAUUCAUGAGUAAGAAAAUAAAGGUGCAAAGAAUUC